UUCAUAGCGAAAUACGGCUGGUAUUGAGUUAGCAAACGAAUAGUUUAGAUCAUUAAUGCGAUAAACCGCGCUCACAAGUGCGAAGUGAUCAUGAAUCUGUGGCGUGUGGUAUUCACGUUUCUCUCCGUCUUUAUUCUCUCCGCGUCAUGCCGCGGUGCCUUCGAUUUUCGGCAACCGGGAAUUCCGAUCAAUACGUUAGCUCAACAUCUACGUACAAAUAUUGCUGUGCCGUUGGAGAACAGCAAUGACGAUGAAAAACCGGCGUCGAAGUAUAUGUACACUGUAUCUGAUGAAAAGAGAAUGUGCACUUUGGCGAACAUGAUAAUUACCAUUUCGGUACCUUACGAAAAAAAGGAAAAGAAGAAUGUGCAGGCAACGUUAACCGUUCCGGCUAAUGCUCAAGUUACUGGCACUUGUUCACCUAUACUGUCAGAAAUGACGUUAACUUGGAAGGAGCCAGAGAAGGCGGUAAAGGAAGAAGAUCCACCAAAGGAAGAGAACAAAGACAACACGAUUAGAUUUACAUUCCUCAACGAUCAUACCAGUUUCUCGGUUUUUUCAGUCGACGUAAACAUUUAUCUGGACAAUAAGAAUUUCCCUAGUAAAACGGAUGAAGUUAACUGGUAUAAUAAAACAUCGGAAAAUGAUCUUCGGUUAUUCACUGCACCUUUGUUAAAAGGAAUACAUACAUGCGAUAAAGAGAUAAAAUUUAAAGUCAAGGAGGCAGAAGUAACUAUAAAAAAUGUUAAGUUGAUUGCAUUUAAUACCGACAAGGACGGCAACUCACACGACAAGGAAGUAAAAUGUGACGAACAGGACAAGUCUAAAACAUUCAAUUAUGUCAUAAAGGAUAAAAAUGACGCAGUGUGUUUGUUGGCAAAGAUGUCAAUUUCUUUAAACGUACCCUACAAAACGAAGGAUAAUAAGCAAGCCAGCAAAACCAUAAGUAUUCCAAAUGAUGCUAAAAUCAGUGGAACUUGUGAGUCGAAUUUAUCUAAAAUGAAAUUAACUUGGAAACCGAAAGGUGAAUCGACAUUCGACUUUCCAAAUGAAAAUGAAAUUGAGUUUUACUUUAAGAGAGAAGAGACGAAGGCCUAUCUCCAGCAAGUAAUGUUUAAGAUUAAAUUGGAUAAAGAAAACUUCCCAGAUUCCAUCGACGACAAGGCAGUAAGUUACGGAUCAUCAGACGUAUUGUCCACAUCCGCGAAAAACGGAAUGUAUAGUUGCGUAGAUGAAAUUUCAGUAAACAUUAUGGACACCGAAGUAAUCAUAAAAGAUGUUCUCCUAGUCGCGUUCGAUGUUCAAGAAAGUUUCAAUUCGAAAAAAGUAACGGAGUGCCCACCUAGUUUAGAACCUUCCUUCAAAAAAUACAAGUACGUCGUCGCUGAUAAGAAUAAUCCAACCAAAGCGUGUAUCGCAGCAAAUAUGACAGUGUCUAUGACAGUACCUAACAAGGAAAAUGACAAAGAGGGGGAAAAAACUAUAUUGGUGCCAAAUAAUGCCCAGCCAUCGGGUGAGUGCGAGGAUGUAUCCUCGACGAUGACAUUAACAUGGUCGAAAACAACUACAUAUGCACAAGACACGUCGAAUUCAAUUACAUUCAGUUUCAAAAAAAAAGAAAGUGAAUAUUUCCUCGAGGGUGUUUGCAUAAAUUUAGCAUCGAAUAAAGACAAAUUCUACGACUCUCCAUCGUGUACUAAUGGUAAGAAGACGGAUCUUCACGAAUUUUCUGCGCCUUUAAGCCAUUUGUACAAAUGUGAUGAAGAAACUAGUAUUGAAGUAGAUAAAGUGAAGCUAAAGAUCAGCAACAUUGCUCUGAUCGCGUUCAAUACCAAGGACAGCCUUGACAAAAUAGAAGUGAAGAAUUGUCCCAAACCAGAAGAGCCAGAAGAACUAGAAGAGUCAAACGUUGGAGCGAUAGUGGGUGGCGUGAUAGGAGGUUUAGCUGCCCUUGCAUUAAUCAUAUUUUUAGCCAUAAUGUGUAAAAGAAGAAGCAAUGUUGUGAAUCGCACUUAUGGAUAAAAUUAUGUAACGCCACUCCUGUUGUAUAUCAAACGAAUAAAUCAGUUUUCAGUUUGUUUAA